ACUUCUCUCUUUCCUGUCUGGAAGCAGAUCAAGCACUCUUUAUUUCCUUCUGAAAACACUCGUAAAACCAGCAGCUGUUGUUGGAUGUUGAAAACAAGAGUUUCACUCACAGCGUCUGCUUAGAGACUCUCAGCUCCGGGUGAGGAAGAAAAAAACCCUAAACGGUUGCAGCAUUUGGUGGUUCGUUGUUCAGUUUUAAGUGGGCUGGAAAUGACACAGGAGUUUUCUAAGCAGGGGUGUGAAAAUUCGGCUUGUGGGCGGAGCCUCUCUGUGUGUGCGGGAACAGAAAAACAUCCUCUGUUUAAAAGGAUGUCAGUCGGUGAAGUGGACGGACAAAGGAAAAAACUCAUGAAGAUCAACGAACUGCUGCUUGAAUGAAGGUCUCAAUGGACUGGACUCUUGUCAUCAUAGUUUUGCAAGUCUUUUUUCAGCCGUCCCUGUCAGUCUUGUUCACUGUGCAGGCAGAACAAACCGUGUACCAGUCAAAAUAUGGAGAAAAAGUGGUGAUGGGCUGCAGGUUUUCCCCUCAACCAGCAAAUCCUAAGUCGGACCUGAAGGUGACGUGGCACCAGAUCACCCCCUCCUCGUUCCAGGAGGUGAUCCGGCUCGAUAACGGGGAGAUCUCUGCAUCCCAGAUUUACCAGGGCCGAGUGAGACUUCUCACAGAGGACGGAUGGGCCAAGCUGGAGAUGUCCAGACUGAGGAUAAAUGACUCGGGGACCUACCAGUGUCUGGUUCAAACGAGUGAUGGAGACGACUAUAAAAGCAUCAGUCUGUCUGUUGUAGCACCUUACAAGUCGGUCACCAAACACAUUGAGGAGGCUGCAGAGGCUGGUGACGUGAUACUAACCUGCCAGUCGGAGGGAUUUCCUCAGUCGUCUGUGGCGUGGCAGGUCGGACACCAGCGGACACACAACCCCAGCAACACCUCAGUAUCUGAAACACCAGACGGGCUGUUGAAAAUCACCACUCAGAUACAAGUCAGCUCCUCAGAAAGAAACAACUACACGUGUAACUUCAUAAAGGAUGGCUCCUCUGCAACAUUUCAUAUCCCAGACGAAAUUCCUCAAAAAUCAAAAAAUGACGCCGCCAUCGUGAUAGUGAGCAUAUUAGUGAUUACGGGGGUCGUUACUGUCGGAGUGCUCGCUUACAGACGACGAAUAAGUAAAAAAGGGUCCAGAGCUCACAGCGUUCACAGCACCAGGAACCUUCUCGUCGACGGCGAGGACAAGUCUGCUGCUACCUGCAUCCAAAUAGAUAAAGAAAAUGCAGACGUGGUAAUUAAUGUUGAUGACAUGGAGGAAACUCUGGGGUCACGACUGAAAGCUUUUUACUCUGAAUAUUCCGCUGAGACGAGACGCCACUGUGGUGCUUUCAGUGUGGAGGAGCUGCCUCAGAGGCUGCAGAACAAUGAUGGCCAACCUGUGAAUCCUCUGGAUUUACUCCCAGAACCCGGUGAGACGGUUUUUCUUGAGGGACUCCCAGGAAACGGGAAGACGACUGUAGCCCACAUCCUGGUCUCAUCUUGGGCCAGGGAGCCUUCGCACUCCUUGGAUCUCAGCAACCUCAGUCUUCUCUUAUGCGUCGACUGCAGCGCCGUGAAGCAGGACUUAUAUCAGGAGAUAAAAACUCAGCUUUCUCUCCCUGAGGAGACAUCAGCAGAGGAGCUGAGGACUGUGUUAACCAAGUCCGGCAAGGUUCUGCUGCUGCUGGACGGGUACAGAGAGGGAAACCACGAUUUUGAUGAAUCCUUGAGGAUGUUUCUGAGUGAUAAAGGAGGCUGCAGGGUGCUGAUUACAGCCUGUCCUGGACACUGUCCCACAUUAAUGCAAACAGCCGGAGCAGGAAGGACGCUGAAGUUCAGUCUGCAAGGCAAAAGUUUAUGACAAACAGAAAUGUUCAGCACUUGUUACAUUUUUAAGAAAUGCAGGUAUUAUAUUUGUUUAUUGUUAAAGAUAUAUUAGAUUCUGUUUUACACGUGUGAUCAGAUUUUUUUACGAGCCCAAAUAUGCUGCAACAUGUUUUAAAUUUGAAGUAAUACACUGAAUGUAAAUGAAAUGAUGUAAAUAUUGUUUAUAUUCUGUCCUUUCAGUCUUGAUUGUUGUUGAGACGGUGACCAUUAAAAUAUUGAAUGUGACAACUCA